GUCAAUGUCUUGCACGUUGCAGACUUUAUUAGCAGCUUGGAGGUGACAUGAGGCUCCUGGGGGUGAUGACUCUGCUCCUCUGGGGUCCAGGUGGUGGGCAAGUGGCCAACUCCACAAAGGCAGUGAUCACCUUGCAGCCUCCAUGGUCCAGUGUGUUCCAAGAGGAAAAUGUCACUUUGUGGUGCAAGGGGCCCCAGCGGCCUGGGGAUGACUCCACACGGUGGUUUCUCAACGGCAAAGCCAUUCAGACCUUCACCCCCAGAUACAGCAUCAUUGCUGCCAGGGUCGAUGAUGGUGGCGAAUACAGGUGCCAGACAGGUCUCUCAAUGCCAAGUGACCCUGUACAGCUAGAAAUCCACAGAGACUGGCUGCUACUCCAGACUUCCGGCAGAGUCGUCACUGAAGGAGAACCUCUGACCUUGAGGUGUCACGCUUGGAAGAAUAAGCUGGUGUACAAAUUGCUUUUCUACCGAAAUGGAAAACCCUUCCAGUUUUCUCAAGAUCCUGAACUCACCAUUCUGAGAACCAACGUGAGUCACAGUGGCGUCUAUCACUGCUCAGGCAUGGGAAGACAGCGCUACACGUCAGCAGGAGUGUCUGUCACCGUGAGAGAGCUAUUUGCAGCCCCGGUGCUGAAAGCGUCCUUGUCCCUCCCCGCCCCCGAGGGCAGUCUGGUCACCCUGAGCUGUGAAACACAAGCGCUCCUAGAGAAGCCUGGCCUGCAGCUUUCCUUCUCCUUCCACAAGGGCAACGGGACCCUGAGGGGCAAGAACACUUCCUCAGAGUACCAGCUGCCAAGUGUUAGAAGAGAAGAUUCUGGAUCCUACUGGUGUGAGGUGGCCACAGAAGACGGAAGUGUCAUCAAGCACAGCCCUGAGUUGGAGCUUCUGGUGCUUGGUCCCCAGUCACGAACUCCUGUCUGGUUUCACAUCCCUUUCUAUCUGACAGUAGGAAUAAUAUUUUUGGUGGACACUGUGAUCUGUGUGAAAAUAUAUAGAGGACUGCAAAAAAAGAAAAAGUGGAACUUGGAAAUCGCUGUGGCCUCUGAUCACGACAAGAAAAUAACUUCUGACCUUCAAAAUGAUAGGCAGUUUGAAGAGAUGAAGUGUCGGGAACAAGAUAAAUCACAGUAAAAAAAAAAAAAAAAGGCAACACUGGAAAAGCCCCAGGAAACGUGCAGCGCAGCCCAGGGGUCGGCUGUGGACCUGGACAGCCCCACCCCGUCCUGUCUGCGUGAGUACCGAGGCAUGAUUUUCCAAACGUAGAAAGACACUAGAACUGUAGGCCCCGCGCCAUACAGCUGUUAAAUAAAGCAAACAUACGAGCUGA